AUGUCGAAACAACUACCAGAUAACGUCCAUGUGUCCCGCCAUCCCUGUCUACAAGUGAAGCUCGCCCAGCUGAGAUCCGCAAAGGCAUCAAGCCGUGAAACCAACGACCUAGUCCAUGAGAUUGCCACGAUAAUAGGCUGUGAAGCCUUCGCAGACAACAUAUCCGUGGCUCCAGGCGGGAAGAAUACCACCCCCCUCGGAUACGAAUAUACCACUGCGUCCAUAAUGCCCGAAAAGAUUGCCCUCGUACCCAUCUUGAGAUCUGGGCUGGGCAUGGUACAAGCAAUACAAACUCUCUUGCCCUGCACUCCAGCUGUGCACCAUCUCGGCCUAUUCCGCGAACCAACCACCCUCGAACCAGUAGAAUACUACAACAACCUUCCGUUCCAGCCGUCGGCAACGGGCCAGAACAGCGCAGCAGCGAAGCUAGCAAUCAUAAUCGACCCCGUGGUCGCGACGGGCAGCACCGCCUCGGCGGCCAUACAGACGCUGAAAGAGUGGGGUGUCGAGCGGAUCUUGUUUCUGUGUGUCUUGGGUAGUUAUGCCGGCCUGGUUAAGGCUGCAGGGGAGUGGAAGGAGGGAGUGCAGGUUUGGACUGGGGCGGUGGAUGCGCAGGUUGAUGUGAAGGGGAUGAUUCAGCCUGGUCUUGGGGAUAUUGGGGAUAGACUGUUCUCGGCCGGUGGGAGGACGUGCUGA